AAAUAGCUGCACCUAAUAAUCGAAGAAAAAUGGGAGUGAUAACUCGCAAAAUUACUGUGUAACAAACGGUUGGCUUCCUCCCGAAUCCUUCGCUCUCUUUUGAAGUUCCUUUCAAUGGCCGCUCACACUGCCAUUAAAACUGCACCACAUCGCCCGCCAGAUGCGCUACGUUCGUCUCCGGUUAUCUCUCACGAAUAUCUGCGAUGUUUCCGCCUCUCUCCUCUCCGUCUUCAUCUUUCCCUCUCUGCACACUCUUCCUCUUCAUCAAAGAUUGCCGCCGUUAGGCCGCGGUUUGGCGCCUGCGCCACAAGAUCCGGUACAGCCAUGGAGAACAAGGCGAUGUCGGACGAUAGGAUGCUGGUCAUGGUGCCACCACAUCCGUUGAUAAAGCAUUGGAUCUCUGUCCUCAGGAAUGAGCAGACCCCUUGUGCAAUUUUCAGGAGUGCAAUGGCAGAGCUUGGAAGAUUACUUAUUUAUGAGGCUUCAAGGGAUUGGUUGCCUACAAUCUCUGGUGAGAUUCAGUCACCAAUGGGUGUGGCUACUGUUGAAUUUAUUGAUCCAAGGGAGCCUGUGAUGAUUGUUCCCAUUUUGAGAGCUGGUCUUGCUCUUGCAGAGCAUGCUUCAUCAGUUCUUCCUGCAACAAAAACUUACCAUCUCGGCAUGCGCAGGGAUGAGACAACACUCCAACCUUCUAUAUAUUUGAACAACUUGCCAGACAAGUUCCCUGAAGGUUCUCGAGUACUUGUUGUGGAUCCCAUGCUUGCGACUGGUGGUACAAUAGUGAAAGCAAUCGACUUGUUGAAAGAUCGCGGGCUAAACAACAAGCAAAUAAAAAUCAUAUCUGCUAUUGCUUCCCCUCCCGCACUUCAGAAGCUCAGUACCAAGUUCCCAGGAAUUCAUGUUUACACCGGAAUGAUAGAUCCAGUUGUUAAUGAGCAUGGGUUUAUAAUUCCGGGACUGGGAGAUGCUGGUGAUCGCUGUUUUGGUACUUAGAAAUGCAGGUCAGUUUGUUCAUUAAUGGCUGUGUUGGGUGUAGUGCAGCAUUUUUCUACACUGAUUAGGGCGUUUGUGCUAUUAGCUAAUUUUUUCAAGAACCAUAUGCCGUGAGAGCGAUUUAAUUUCUUGGUAACGCCGAAUGAUUUUGUAUGUGAAUUAUAGGCUUUGAUAUUGUAGGGACA